AUGGUCUGUUUCAGCAUAGUCCUUAAUUUUGUUGAUGCUUGCAUUGCAAGCUCGCCCAGCCGUCUGACAAGGCCUCGAUCGCCACACUCGUUGAACCGCGGCACGUCCUGCCCUCCUCAAGGGUCCCUGGCGUGCCGCAUAGGGUCCCCAGCGGAUGCCUCUCCCUUCCAGUCGGCCAGCGCUAGGCCCGACGUUCGCAGCACGGCCUGGCAAGCACGUGGAGAAGGCGGCGAGUCGACUCCCAAAGCGCAAGAAAUUCGCUCGCCGGUUCCGAAGCGAAGGUGCAUGGAAGGCUCCAAAGCUGCGUCUGCAAGCCCGCGCAACAUGCGUCUGGGGCGCGGGAGUGGCGGAGGAAGCGCAGGAGGUGCGCUGCAGCCGCGGAACGAAUUGCCGAAGUAUGUCGCGGUCGCUGGCAAGAGAGUCCCCGUGCCCUUGCUGCUGCGCAUUGCCGGGCUGUUGCCUGUGGCCUCUCUGCCGGCCUUGAGGAGGACCUCGGCUGGCUUCUAUCGUGCCAUCCAUGCGAGGCUUUCAGAGGACCCUGCACAAGUCACGGCGCUGGCUGCCCACUUGGAAACCAAGCGCCUGAAGAGCAAGCGUGUCUGGGUUUUGGUGAGAGCCCGUCCAAUCUCAGACGGCAUCAGCUGCAUUGUGAUCGACAGGAACAAGGUGAACGUGAGCAACACCAACGGUGCCCCGACCUCCUUCUUCUUUGAUCAGGCGUUCGAUGCCGCUGCUACCCAGGAGCAGGUGUGCGACUACGUCAGUGAGCAGGUGCUGCCACAUGCCAUCAACGGUGAGCACAUCUGCAUUUUGGCAUACGGCCAAACUGGCAGUGGUAAGACAUAUACCAUGUUUGGUGAUUUUGCCCCUGGGCCGUCUCCGCGGGACAGCGCAUCGGCCAACCAAAAUCAGGGCGUGGCGUUUCGCGCCAUGAGCCGUCUUGCAGAGAUGAUGCGGUCCAAGGGCCUCGAUGCGUCAAAUGCGCCAACAGUGGAGCUCAGCUUCUUGGAGGUGUACAACGACAACCUGUAUGACCUGCUUGAUGGCUCACGCCAGUUACCGCGCUUGCGCUCCAGUGAGAAGCACGUGGUGCCACAGGGCCUGACCCGAAGGCGGUGUGAGCUGAACGAGAUGGAGCAGCAGGUUCACAGCUGGUUGCGGGAGGGCGCCGCGACUCGCAUGGUCGGCAAGACCGUCUUUAACCCUCGCUCCAGUCGAAGCCAUGCAGUAGUUAUGCUCCAUUUGUGCUGGUCUCAGCAGACCUCUUCCUCUCGGCUGCGCCACCUUCCCGGCUCCACGACGCGUGAGACGCGUGUGUAUCUCGUGGACUUGGCAGGGAGUGAGAGGGCGGGGCUGCAUGCCCUUGGUCCGGAGCAGCUGAAGGAGGGAGAGCACAUCAACCUCAGCCUGUCUGCCCUGGGCCGCGUGGUUGGAGCUUUGGCGAGUGGCAAGUGUGAGCAUGUGCCGUACCGGGACUCAGCUCUGACAUGGCUCCUCAAGGACGCAAUCACGGGAAGCAGUGCUCGGGUGUGCAUGGUUGCCGCAGUGCAUCCUUCACAUCCUGUGGAGACAGCCAGCACCUUGCGCUAUGCCCGCCAGUAUUCGGCGUUGCAAAACACCACGGGCAGCCACGCCUCGCAGCUGUCUUCGCAGGUCCGCGACCUGCAGCGUCGCGUUGACUCGCUCCGGCAUGCUUUUGAGAAGGCUCUCGCCGGUGACGAGCACAGCAUCGCGUGGACGCGUGAGUCCCUGCAAGGCUCCGUGCAUUGUCAGCCCAAGGCGAAUGCACGGCAGUGGCUUGAAUCGCAUCCAACACUCUCAUGGACGACGGCGCACCAGAGUAAGGCCGCCGUCCGCGGGCAGCGCCGUGAUCGCAGCGGCAUAGGUUACAUCACGAAGAUCGAGGAAGUCGUAGGGGGCGACGAGGCUCUCGCAAGAGUUUGCGAGGUGACCUUUGAAGGUCGUCACGGGAGGCUUCCAGUGGUGCUAUGGUACCCCGAAGUGGCGCUGGAGAUGGUCAAGCCACCUUCGUCGCUGCUUGAGGCCAUGCAGAAGUUGGAUACUGCAGAGGCCGAGCUCAACAGGCUCCGGGGAGAGUUGCAGGCCGCUCGAAAAGAUGAGGCCAUGCGACAGCAGGAAUGGAUGGCGACCGCACAAGGGAAACUUCCUCGGCCGCCGCCGAUGCGCGACACGUGUGCCGCGGAGGAAAGGAAAAGGAUCCUGCAAGGGUGGGCACCUCGAAUCGGACCCAGCCAUGUCAGUCGAGCAUCGCAAUCAGUUUACUGUAGCAAAGCAUGGAUUCGCCGACUCGCACAGUCUCUUCUUCUCGCUUGUGUAAGGCUCUCCGUUGCUGCACGCACGUGCAAGCACUGCCUGACAUACGGAAACCCACAGCACGUUGCUGCAUCAUCAGCGAACAAGAGGUUUUGGAUGGUUUGGACAGAGAGAGCGAGCCUGUCUGAUAGCUGCCUGAUCACGAAGGCUAGCUCUGCGGAGCUUGAGGCGAGCAUGUUUUAG